GUGCGGGGCAACUUCUAUGGUACUCCGGAGAACAAUUUCCUCCACCUCCCCAAUCGAAAUUUUACAAGAUAUCCCGAGAACCUAGUUCUUGUAUCAAGAGCAGCGUCGUUAACAUGACUGCCUUUCAGGUCGACGGCUCCUCAGAGGGUCUGAGGAGGAUGGCGGACAAUUGCAAUCAAUCUUGACGGAAAGAAACAUUGACAGCUUCGGAUGUCGAAGAGUUGACCCUAAUGUUCCUAUCGAAACCACUGUUGAGAUACUUGGACAACUUGUUAGGGAGGCAAGAUUGGUAGUAUCGGGCUGUCGGGAGUCAAAGUCGAGACCAUCCGAUGAGCCAUGAAGAUUCACAGGAUCGACAGGCUAGAGGCCGAAGUCCCACUCUGGGCAACAGACAUCUUCAUGAACGGUGUGGCAGAGACAUGUGCCGAGCUUGGUAUAACCAUAUGUGCCCAUAUUCCGCUUGGUGCCGGAAUGUUGAGGUAUGGAAUCCGAAGCCCAAAGACCUGGGGAAUGACCAUCACCGCUUCUCCCCCGCUUCCAGAGCAUGAAUCCCGAAAACUCGGAGUUGGUUAAGGAGCUGCAAAAGCUCGCGGAGACCAAAAGAUGUACUUCUGCGCAGCUGGCCCUGUCGUUGGUGAGAUACCAUAGCGGCAAGCCGGGAAUGCCAUUCAUGCUGGGUGCGAGGUCCAGGUCGAGGGUCCGGGAGAAUUGCAUAAGUGUGCAGCUGCUAUGGGGAUUUGAAAGAGAUUGCCGAUCUUCUAAGCUUUUCAAUAGCCGGUGAUAGAUAUCCUGCAGCAGCUGCAAUGUUAUGCGAGUACUGAAGAUAGGUAUUUGAAUGAUAAUGAUGAGUCCAAGGAAACAACCCUUCAAUUUCCUGCUACUCAUAUCGACGCAGCU